ACCAAGCCGUCGGAUGCUGCAGAAAGCUUACUUGGGUAGUCAUGCGUUUGACAGAACAAAAAUAGGCAGAAAAUCUAACGAGAACUCGUUAAAAGCAGAUGUACAAGGCUGUUGUGAAUUUUCUAACUUCAAUAUACUUUUUAAUAAUAAGGUAUAUGGAACGCUGGUGUUCUGUGUUGAAGUAUAUAGGUAGUUAUUUUUAAAGAAUUUGCAACGAAGCGUUCGCAAUGGAAAAAUCUUCGACGGGAAAUAUUUCUUGGAGAAAAAAAGUCUCAUCUUUAGUUCGAAUUGAAAACGUCCUUUUGAGGGAAAUGUUGGCGGAGUUUCUGGGGACGUUCAUACUGCUUGUUUUUGGCAAUGGAGCGGUCGCACAAAAAGUAUUAAGCAGAGACACGUUGGGCACCACACUUUCAAUAAACUGGGCGUAUGGUUUUGGUGUCACUAUGGCAGUAUAUGUUACUGGAAAAGUUUCAGGUGCACAUAUAAACCCAGCUGUAUCGGUAGCACAAUGUGCAUUUGGGAACUUACCAUUAUACAAGCUGCCUUGUUACAUUUUCUCACAAGUCUUUGGUGGUUUUGUUUCCGGGGCGGCUGUUUAUUCAAUCUAUUAUGAGGCACUUAACGCUUUUGACGGUGGACAACGUUCUGUUUUGGGUCCAAAUGGAACCGGGGGUAUCUUCGCAACAUACCCGCAAGAUUACCUUUCCAUUAACAACGGUCUUUGGGACCAGGUCUUCGGCACUGCACUACUAGUUGGUAUUAUAUUUGCUGUUACUGACAACAAAAACAAUACAAUUGCUGAUGGUCUUACUCCUAUAAUAAUCGGCCUGCUUGUCUUUAUACUAGGUACAUCGUUCGGACUCAACUGUGGCUAUGCUAUCAACCCGGCUCGCGAUUUUGGACCGCGCUUAUUUACUUUUGCCGCUGGCUGGGGCCCGGGAGUCUUUACAGAGCCAAAUGGCAUGUCGUGGUGGUGGGUGCCUAUCGUGGGCCCUAUUAUAGGCGGGUUGACUGGAGCAAUAUUGUAUAAGUUAAUGGUUGGAACUCAUUUACCAUCGGGAAGUCAAAGUGUUAUAACCGACGAGGAAGACGACUUCGAGAUUUGUUCACACACUUCGGACAACAGAGAAAAAUUGUGUAAAGGAUUGACCAAGCUUUGAGAUUUUAUUUUUAUUUAAAGUUCAUGACAAUUGCGAGCGGUUACUUUAAAACACACAACCAUUUUGUACAAUGCAUUUAUAAACCUCAAAUAAAUUAACAGCACCCUGUUUCAGUGUCGCAUGUCGCUUUUGCCGUACGUCACUCGCUGUUUAUUGGACCGAAGAUAAGCUGCUGAAAGUCGAAGUUUUCGCCCACGAAAGUAGAAACUGUACUGUGGUGCAACGGAAUGAUUAUUUAGCUUUUUUGCAUGCAGGCCAUGGAUGUCUAAGUAAUAUACCCACCCUGUUAUUAAUCAGCAGUAAUGCCGUUUCCUCUUGUUCAAAAGUUAUAAAACCAUAAGCACUUCGUGACCCAUCUCUUAUUAUAUUGAUUUCCAAUAUUCGUCCAUACACCUUGUACAUACAAUAUGAAUUACAAGCAGCAAUUAAA